GGUCGAAGAGGUAAACACCACCGAAUUACGAAAAUAGCAAGAGGCAAAAAACAAAUUGCGGAUUAUUCUUUCAAAUAUCCCUUGAGAUUUCUAUUCUACCUUAGUUUUUUCACAAGAAUAAACUCAAAUAAUUUCAUUAGUAAGAUUUCUACCUUAGCUAGGGAAUCAUGGAAGUGGUUGAAGAAAAAGGACAAGACAAUGAUUACACGCAAGAUGGCACAGUAAGUCUACAAGGUAAACCGGUUUUAAGAUCAAAGACCGGAAGAUGGAAAGCUUGCUCUUUUAUAGUAGGGUAUGAAAUGUUUGAGAGGAUGGCUUACUUUGGGAUAGCUUCAAACUUAGUGGUGUAUUUGACAAAUCAGCAUCAUGAGGGUACUGUGGAAUCUUCAAACAACGUUAGCAAUUGGGCGGGUUCAGUUUGGAUGAUGCCACUUGUAGGAGCUUACGUAGCUGAUGCAUAUCUUGGUCGAUACUGGACCUUUGUAGUUGCAUCGUGCAUUUAUCUCUUGGGGAUGUGUUUGUUGACUCUAGCAGUUUCACUACCAUCAUUGAGCCCACCACCAUGUACAGAAGGCAUCGUUGGUGAGAAUUGCCUCAAGGCGACACCAUUGCAAAAGGGUGUUUUCUUCCUUGCCUUAUACACCAUUUCUCUAGGCAAUGGUGGAACCAAGGCCAACAUUUCUACUCUGGGAGCAGACCAAUUUGACGAGUUUGAUACCAAAGAGAGAUUCUAUAAGCUCUCUUUUUUCAAUUGGUGGUUUUCUAGCAUUUUAAUCGGCAUGCUUUUUUCCAGCACUAUCUUGGUUUACAUACAAGACAAUGUGGGUUGGGGCCUCGGAUACGGACUUCCAACCAUUGGCCUUGCUGUUUCAAUAAUAACGUUUUUUGUAGGAACGCCAUUUUAUAGGCAUAGAUUUCCCUCAGGCAGCCCUAUAACAAGGAUGCUUCAAGUCUUUGUGGCUGCUAUGAGAAAAUGGAAGACGCAUGUUCCAAAUGAUCCAAAACUGUUACAUGAGCUAAGUAUAGAAGAGUAUGCAUGUAACGCUAGAAACAAAAUUGAACACACAUCUUUCUUGAGAAUCCUUGACAAAGCAGCUGUAACAACUGGCCAAACUUCAUCAUGGAUGCUAUGUACAGUGACACAAGUUGAGGAAACCAAGCAAAUGAUUAAACUGAUACCUAUUUUGAUUAUAACAAUUAUUCCAAGCACCAUGGUAAUGCAAUCAUUCACACUCUUCAUUAAACAAGGUACCACACUUGAUAGAAGAAUGGGACCCCAUUUUGCAAUCCCAGCGGCAAGUCUCCUAGCAGUUAUAGUUAUCUUCAUGCUGAUAAGCAUUGUAGUCUAUGAUCGUGCUUUUGUUCCUGUGAUUAGGUCCUAUACAAAGAACCCUAGAGGGAUCACAAUCCUACAGAGACUAGGAGUUGGCCUUACAUUGCACGUUAUUGUGAUGCUUAUUGCAAGUUUGGUUGAGAGGAAGAGACUCAAUGUUGCAAGAGAAAACAACCUCUUAGGCCUGCAUGAUACACUACCUCUUACUAUUUUCGCUCUCUUUCCUCAAUUUGCUUUAGCAGGGGUUGCUGAUAGCUUUGUUGAAAUUGCUAAGAUGGAGUUUUUUUAUGAUCAAGCACCAGAAGGCAUGAAAAGUCUUGGAGCAUCACUUUCCACAACAAGCUUGGGUUUGGGAGGUUUUGUUAGUGCCUUCAUUCUGUCAACUGUUGCUGAUAUCACUCAAAGACAUGGUCACAAAGGUUGGAUUUUGAAUAAUCUAAACAUCUCUCGUUUAGAUUACUAUUAUGCUUUCAUGGUAGUAUUAAGCUUACUCAACCUCAUAUGCUUCAUAUUUGUUGCCAAGUUCUAUGUUUAUAAUGAUGUAAGGCAAAACAAUCCAAGCUUGGAGAAAAACCCUGCUCCAUCUCAGAACAAUUCUAAAAUAAAUUGUCAACUCCUAGGGGAAAUAUGAACUUGACAAAGAAUUAAGUUCACGGGUUUAAGAUUCUUCAAAAGUGUAAUAUUUACUUAAGAGCUUGGAAUGUAGUCCUCCUGUAGGUAAGUUAAUAGAAAUGGUUGUUGAGUUCAUAUUGAUCAUGUUUUAAGGAAAACCAAUAUUGUAUUAUUCUUUUGGAAA